GGACCAUCGCUCACGUUGAGGGUCAAAUGUUUGAGGAUGUGCUGCUGAUUGUCUCAUCGAAAUGUCAAGUUUCUCACGAUCUGCUCAGCAAUGGGCAACCUUCGCUCGUUCCUGGUUCCUGAUCGAUGCCAGAAUGCAGCCUCCUGGGAAGAUUGCGACCAUGUGUGCUGUUAGAUUACAGGGGAAACACAAACCUAUCUACCAUGCACUGAGUGACUGUGGUGACCAUGUUGUAGUAAUAAACACCAAACACAUAGCUUUCUCUGGAAACAAGUGGGAGCAGAAAGUUUACUCAUCACACACGGGGUAUCCGGGUGGAUUCAAACAGGUAACAGCGGCCCAGCUGCACCAAAAAGACCCAAAAGCUAUUGUGAAGUUAGCGGUUUACGGCAUGCUGCCAAGGAACCUGCUACGCCGCACCAUGAUGCAGCGGUUACACAUCUUUCCUGAAGACGAGCUGCCAGACGACAUCCGAGCCAACCUGACGGAGGAGCUGCCACAGCCCAGAGAAAUCCCCAGGAAACUCAGCGAGUACACGCAGGAGGAGAUAGACGCCUUCCCCAGGCUGUGGACACCACCUAAGGACUACAAGAUGAAAUGAAAUAAAGACCGCCCAAUGUGACCAAGGACCUGAAUUAUCCAGAACCAGCUAGAGGUUUCACCUUGUGGCACAGCUCUGAUCAGUGAAAAUCAGAUUCUAUGGGUUUCCUCUGAUUAUGCAACCAUGAGGUUUGGCUCAUGAUAAAAUGACAUUUGUUAGUGCCGAUCCUGCCUUUGAAAAUUUGUGGGUUCACAGUGAAACCAAUUAAUGUGUUACUAUGACAACAUUCAGGCCAUCACAUUAACUUUGAUCAAGAAAUCCUGAGCUCUUUGUCUUGUCAGUGAGUUAAAGUAUAAAUGUAUUCGGUUUAUGUAAGUUAUAA